AUGUCAGUAAUUAAAGAUAACCUCUUAUACAUUAUUAUUGUAGUAAGUCUGCUACCUACAGUGAUUAUUAUUUUUGUAUAUGUUCUUUUGCGCGUUCGUCAGCGUCAAAGACAUCAACAGUCUUUUGGUACUGUCGACUACUUUCCAACUAAAAUCUUUUAUAGCUCAAAGAGGAAAGAGAACGAACCACAAGAGUGCGUAGUUUGUUUAGAAGAUUAUAAUGAUGGGGAUAAAUUAAGAAUUCUUCCUUGCAAGCAUGAAUUUCAUGUUGAAUGUAUCGACAGUUUUUUAACAACAAGAAAGAAUAUUUGUCCUAUAUGCAAACGUACUGUCCUUUCAAAUGAAGAAAUACCCACUUUACCGAGUCAAGAAGAUCAAGAAGUCGGUUCAUAA